CGGAAGUGGUCCUCGAAAGCUUUUUGGCCGCUGGUGUCAGGAGUUUUCUGCAUUUUAAUUCCGAGAGGUCUAUGAGGUUUUUUUGGUGUCUCUAGGGAGCCCCUGGGUUAGAUCUUUCUCCAGAUUCCAGCCUGCCUCUCUCCAGCAGCUCUGCUUGAGUUUACAGAUGUCUACAAAGCUUUAGACUCCCGAGAGAAUAAAGUUUGAGACCUACCAUGACCAUGUCAGCUAAUCGGACCUCUCCCCAGAAAUCACUGGUCCUGAUUCCAGAGGAACGUGAUAAUUCAUAUGAGGGAUCGGUGUCCUUCAGGGAUGUGGCUGUAGAUUUCAGCAGAGAGGAAUGGCAGCAUCUAGACCUUGCUCAGAGAAACCUAUACCGGGAUGUGAUGCUGGAGACCUACAGUCACCUGCUUUCUGUGGGAUAUGAAGUUCCCCAACCAGAAGUUUUCAUGUUGGAGCAAGGACAGGAGCCAUGGGCAUUGCAGUGUGAUCCACAUCAGAGCUGUCCAGAAGAAUUAUGGCAGAUUGGUGACCAGAUAGAGAGCUAUCAGCAAAGAGAAAACAAAUCUUUAAGAGAUGUUGCUUUCAUCAAGAAAAUUUUGACUACAAAGAAGGAUUACAUAGAAGAAUAUAAGGACAUUAGAAAAAUAAUUCAUGUGAGCCAAAACAUUCUUUCACCAAAAAGACCCCACCAGUGUGACUCAUUUGGAAAUGCUUUGAAGUAUAAUUUAGAUUUACACAGUCAUUACAGAAACAGUGCAUCAAAGAACAUAAAUAAGAUUACUGAACAUAUUAAAAUUUCUUCCUAUACUGACCCUGAGUGUUCUCCAACAGGAGAGAAGUUAUGGGACCAUAAUCAAUGUGGGAAAAUCCUCAGCUAUAAACAAGCACCCUCUCAACAUCAAAAAAUUCAUACUGGGGAAAAAUAUUAUGAAUGUGCUGAAUUUGGGAAGAUCUUCACCCAGAAGUCACAGCUCAGGGUACAUCUGAAAGUUCAUACAGGAGAAAAACUCUAUGUGUGCAUUGACUGUGGCAAGGCUUUUGUAAGGAAGCCAGAAUUCAUUACACAUCAGAGAACCCAUACUAGAGAGAAGCCCUAUAAGUGCAGUGAAUGUGGAAAAGCUUUUUUCCAAGUGUCUUCUCUCUUAAGGCACCAGAGAAUUCACACUGGAGAAAAACUUUAUGAAUGCAGUGAGUGUGGAAAAGGAUUCUCUUAUAACUCUGAUCUCAGUAUACAUCAAAAAAUUCAUACUGGAGAGAGACACCACGAAUGCACGGAUUGUGGCAAAGCAUUUACGCAAAAGUCCACGCUCAAGAUGCAUCAGAAGAUUCAUACAGGUGAGCGAUCCUAUAUAUGUAUUGAAUGUGGACAGGCCUUCAUCCAGAAGACACACUUGAUUGCACACCGAAGAAUUCAUACUGGAGAAAAACCAUAUGAAUGCAGUAACUGUGGGAAGUCCUUCAUUUCUAAGUCACAACUCCAGGUACAUCAACGAAUUCACACAAAAAUGAAACCCUUUCUUUAUACUGAAUAUGGAAAGAUGUUCAACAAUAGUUCUAACCUUGUCACACACAAGAAAGUUCAAAUUAGAGAGAAGUCUUCCAUAUGUACUGAAUGUGGUAAGGCCUUUACAUAUAGGUCAGAACUGAUUAUACACCAGAGAAUUCACACUGGGGAAAAACCUUAUGAAUGCAGUGAAUGUGGAAAAGCCUUUACUCAGAAGUCAGCACUCACGGUGCAUCAGAGAAUCCAUACAGGAGAAAAAUCUUAUGUGUGCAUGAAAUGUGGACUAGCCUUCAUCCAGAAGGCUCACUUGAUUGCACAUCAAAUAAUUCACACAGGAGAGAAACCUUAUAAAUGUGGCCACUGCGGGAAAUCCUUUACUUCCAAGUCACAACUUCAUGUACAUAAACGAAUUCACACAGGAGAGAAACCUUAUACAUGCACUAAAUGUGGGAAGGCAUUCACCAACAGGUCAAAUCUUAUUACACAUCAGAAAACUCAUACAGGAGAGAAAUCCUAUAUAUGUCCUAAAUGUGGAAAGGCCUUCACACAAAGGUCAGACUUGAUUACACAUCAGAGAAUUCAUACUGGAGAGAAACCUUAUGAAUGUGGUACCUGUGGAAAAGCCUUUACUCAAAAGUCACACCUCAACAUACACCAGAAAAUUCAUACUGGAGAAAGACAGUAUGAAUGCCAUGAAUGUGGGAAAGCCUUCAACCAGAAGUCAAUACUCAUUGUGCAUCAGAAAAUUCAUACAGGAGAGAAACCUUAUGUAUGCAGUGAGUGUGGAAGAGCUUUCAUCCGGAAAUCAAACUUCAUUACUCAUCAGAGAAUUCAUACUGGAGAGAAACCUUAUGAAUGCAAUGAUUGUGGGAAAUCCUUCACCUCCAAGUCUCAGCUCCUGGUGCAUCAACCAAUUCACACAGGAGAAAAACCAUAUGUGUGUGCUGUGUGUGGGAAAGCCUUUAGUGGCAGGUCAAAUCUCAGUAAACACCAGAAAACCCAUACUGGAGAAAAGCCCUACAUCUGUUCUGAAUGUGGGAAGACCUUUAGACAGAAGUCAGAAUUGAUUAUACAUCACAGAAUUCACACUGGAGAGAAACCUUAUGAAUGCAGUGACUGUGGCAAAUCUUUCACUAAGAAAUCACAACUCCAAGUGCAUCAGCGAAUUCACACAGGGGAAAAGCCUUAUGUGUGUGCUGAGUGUGGAAAGGCGUUCACAGAUAGGUCAAAUUUGAAUAAACACCAGACAACGCACACUGGAGACAAACCCUAUAAGUGUGUAGUCUGUGGAAAAGGCUUCGUCCAGAAAUCUAACUUUAAAAGUGGUUAUCAACUUACUGUACAUCAGAGAUUUCAUACUGGCGAGAAAACCUAUGAAUGUAAGGACUGUGGGAAGGCCUUUAUUUAUGCCUCACACAUUGUUCAGCAUGAGAGAAUCCACACUGGAGGGAAGCCUUAUGAAUGUCGGGAAUGUGGGAAGGCCUUUAGUCAAGGUGGACACCUUAGAAUUCAUCAAAGAAUUCAUACUGGUGAGAAACCCUAUAAAUGUCAAGAAUGUGGGAAGGCUUUUAGUAGGCACUCAAACCUCAUUGAACAUGGGCAGAUCCAUACUGAUGGGAAACUUUACGUAUGUGAGAAAUGUGGGAAGGCCUUUAAAAGAGGUCAUCAACUUACCGUACAUCAGAGUGUUCAUACUGGUAAAAAACCAUAUGAUUGUAAAGAAUGUGGAAAGGGCUAUACCACUGCCUCAUACCUUAUUCUACAUCAGAGAAUUCAUAAAGUAGGGAAACCAUAUGAAUGUAAGGAAUGUAAGAAAACCUUUACCUUGUAUAGAAAUCUUACCCGACAUCAGCAUAUUCACACUGGUGAGAAACUUUUUGAAUGUAAGCAGUGUGGGAAGGCCUAUACUACUGGCUCAAAGCUUUUUCAACAUCAGAAAACUCACACUGGUGAGAAGCCCUUUGAAUGUAAGGAAUGUGGAAAGGCCUUUAGCUUAUAUGGAUACCUUCAUCAACAUCAGAAGAUUCAUACUGGUAUGAAACAUUUUGAAUGUAAGCAGUGUAAAAAAACCUUUACUUUGUAUAGAAAUCUUACUCGACAUCAGAGUACUCAUAAUGGUAAGAAGCUUUUUGAAUGUAAGGAAUGUGGGAAGGCCUAUACUACUGCCUCAAACCUUGUGCAACAUCAGAAAACUCAUACUGGUGAGAAACCCUAUGAAUGCAAAGAGUGUGGAAAGACUUUUAGCUUGCAUGGAUAUCUUAAUCAACAUCAGAAAAUCCAUACUGGUGUGAAACCCUAUGAGUGUAUGAUAUGUAGGAAAACCUUUACUUUCUAUAGAAACCUUACCCUACACCAGAGUAUUCAUACUGACAAGAAACCUUUUAAAUGUAAGGAAUGUGGGAAGACCUUUAGACGUAGUUCACACCUUACUGCACAUCAGAGUGUUCACGCUGAUAAGAAACCCUUUGAAUGUAAGAAAUGUGGGAAGUCCUUUAAAACAUAUGGAUACCUUACACAACAUCAGAAAAUUCAUACUGAUGGGAAACCCCACAGCUGUAAGGAAUGUGGGAAGGCCUUUAGUCGUGCUUCAAACCUUGUUCAACAUGAGAGAAUUCAUACUGGCGAAAAGCCCUACGUGUGUAAGAAGUGUGGGAAAGCCUUCAGGUAUGGUUCAGCCCUUAAAGCACAUCAGGGAAUACAUACAGAUCUGAAGCUCUAAGAACAUAAGGAAUGUGAUAAUGCUAUUAGGCAUGGCCCAGACCUUUUAAACAGGCAGUUCACACUGAUGAGGAAUUACUGAAUGUUAGUCUUUAUAGUUAUGUCUUCACCAGAUGAGAGAAUCCAUUAUGUAGUUCUUAUCACUUUAUAAAGAUUACAGUGUCACUCCCAUUUUAAUGGAAUGUUUGACUAAACAAUAGCAAAUUAAACCCUGAAUAGCCAAAGCAAUCUUGAAGAUGAAAACUGGAAGUAUCAUGAUCCCAGAUUUCAAGAUCUACUACAAAGCUGUAGUAAUUAAAACAGUGUUGUACUGGUGUAAAAAUAGGCACAAGGAUCAGUGGAACAGAAUAGAGAGCCCAGAAAUACAUCCACAACUAAAUGGUCAAUUAAUCUUCAACAGAGGAGGCAAAAUAUACAAUGGGGCAAAGUCUCUUCAACAAAUGAUGUUGGGAAAAUGGGACCACUCUCUUACACCAUACGCUAAAAAUAAACU